UUCCGCACAGACCAUUCAUUUGUCUGUAAAUUGAGACGGAGGAGAGGACACCGCAUCAUGCCUGCAAUGAUGAGCCAACGUAUUGUCUGUUUCCUCGUUUGCGUAACCGCCCUCACUGCAGCAGACCCUACAGGUUACCGGGCGCCUCUGUGUGAGAUUUUGCGGUAUGGACGAUGUCAGUCCUAUACGUCGCCCUGCACAAACACCAAAUGGGAAAUAGCAUACUGCCCCAGUGGACAAGUCUGCUGCCAAGACACCACACCAAAACCGUCUAUCAACGAAUGCUCCAGCUUUUUCGGUGGUACCUGUAUGUCUAAUGAUAGAAACAAAUGUGAUAACUUUUUGUCUACGCCUGGGGCGCCGUUCUGUCCGGAGAAUCCAUCUCAUAUCUGCUGUCUAGAGCUGAGAAACGAGGGUACGCCUCCUCGGACUGACAUUGGAUCUGUUUCGGGAUGUGGGGUUCCAAUCAAUCCGGCAGGUUCCUGGCGUGUUGUAGGAGGCACAAAGGCGCAGCAUGGGGCCUGGCCGUGGCAGGUCUCUAUUCAGAUCGCCGGCAAUGAACACAUAUGUGGCGGAACCAUCAUCGACAAGCAGUGGAUUCUCACCGCAGCUCAUUGCUUUCCGGUGCAACGGUCGCCCUUGUAUUACUUAGUUCGCGUAGGGGAACAUCGUCUUCAUCUUUCGGACGGCACGGAGGUCGACCAUUAUAUUGCUGAAAUCAUCGUGCAUGAGAAGUGGCUCGGCAACACACCAGAGGAUCCUGACGAUAUUGCGUUACUGAAACUAGUGAAACCGGUUACGUUCAACGACCACGUCAAGCCUGUUUGCCUGGCCACUGAGUAUGACGAAUUCGAGUCCCAUCAGGAUUGUUGGGUUACUGGUUGGGGAGAAACGAAAGGUACAGGAGACAAUAAUUACUUGCAGCAACUCCAGUCAAACAUGGUCAGCAAUAGCGAAUGCAACAGAAAGUACUGGAUCGGCGAUGUCAAGGAGGGAAUGGCUUGUUUUGGGGAAAGCGCCUUUGGGGCAUGUGUGGGCGAUUCCGGAGGUCCGUUAGUCUGCCGCCGACAACAGAAGUUCUACCAAGUUGGCGUGGUGUCGUGGGGCAGCACUUCAUGCGUGGAAUACGGAGCUUCAAGCGUCUUCACACGAGUGGCACAUUACUUGCCAUGGAUUCAACAAAUGAUAGCACGAUACAGCUAAUCACUUGACAUAGCAACGAAAACAAAUGCAGCCAGAUAAGAGUAGUAAUUAAAACGUUAAAAUA